AUUAACAAAAUAAUCUCUUCCAUCGAUAUAUAAAUAUACAUAUAUAUUUUGUACGAUAAAUUCUUGGAUCUCAAACUAAAGGAAAUCAUCCUCACAUCAAACAAGCGAUUUAUUUUUUACCGAUCCACAAAUUUAGAGAAUUUUUACUGGCUACAUUUUUUGCGUUAAGUUUUUUUUUGUUUGCACACCGCAAAACCCCCCAACCAUAAGACGACACGAGGAGGCCUACAGAUCUGAGGCGUAAAGAUGUUUAGUCCGGAAUAUGAGAAGCGCAUCCUGAAGCACUGCAGUCCGGUGGCACGUAAUCUAUUUGAUAAUUUGGAAUCGUCGACCACACCGACAUCGCUGGAUCGUUUCAUACCAUGCAGGGCCAACAACAAUUGGCAGACAAACUUUGCGUCGAUCAACAAGUCGAAUGAUAACUCACCACAGACGAGCAAGAAGCAGCGGGACUGUGGGGAGACGGCACGCGAUAGUCUGGCCUAUUCGUGUCUCUUGAAGAACGAGCUCCUGGGCACGGCCAUCGAUGAUGUGAAGACCGCCGGUGAGGAGCGCAACGAGAAUGCCUAUACGCCAGCAGCAAAGCGGAGCCUCUUCAAAUAUCAAUCCCCCACAAAGCAGGAUUACAAUGGCGAAUGCCCAUACUCGUUGUCGCCGGUGAGCGCCAAGAGCCAGAAGCUACUGCGUUCGCCCCGGAAGGCCACACGCAAGAUCUCUCGCAUUCCAUUCAAGGUGCUGGACGCACCGGAGCUGCAGGAUGAUUUCUAUUUGAAUCUGGUCGAUUGGUCCUCGCAGAAUGUCCUUGCCGUGGGUCUGGGUAGCUGUGUCUAUCUCUGGAGUGCCUGCACCAGUCAGGUGACACGCCUGUGUGAUCUCAGUCCGGAUUCAAACACCGUGACCUCGGUGUCGUGGAACGAGCGGGGUAAUACAGUCGCCGUGGGCACCCAUCAUGGCUAUGUGACCGUUUGGGACGUGGCCGCCAAUAAGCAGAUCAACAAACUCAAUGGCCAUUCGGCCCGCGUGGGCGCUUUGGCCUGGAACAGUGACAUCCUGUCAAGUGGAUCGCGCGACCGUUGGAUCAUCCAGCGCGACACGCGCACACCACAACUCCAGUCCGAACGCCGCCUGGCCGGCCACCGUCAGGAGGUGUGCGGCCUCAAGUGGUCACCCGAUAACCAGUACCUGGCCAGCGGCGGCAACGACAAUCGCCUGUAUGUGUGGAACCAGCACUCGGUGAGUCCUGUGCAAUCGUACACGGAGCACAUGGCCGCUGUGAAGGCCAUUGCCUGGUCGCCGCACCAUCACGGACUGCUGGCCAGCGGCGGCGGGACGGCAGAUCGUUGCAUUCGAUUCUGGAACACGCUGACCGGCCAGCCCAUGCAGUGCGUGGACACUGGGUCGCAGGUGUGCAAUCUGGCCUGGUCCAAGCACUCCUCGGAGCUGGUCUCCACGCACGGCUACUCCCAGAACCAGAUACUGGUGUGGAAGUACCCAUCGCUGACGCAGGUGGCCAAAUUGACUGGUCAUUCGUACCGUGUGCUCUAUCUGGCGCUCAGUCCCGAUGGCGAAGCCAUUGUCACGGGCGCCGGCGAUGAAACGCUGCGCUUCUGGAACGUGUUCAGCAAGGCGCGCAGCCAGAAGGAGAACAAGUCUGUCCUUAACUUGUUUGCAAACAUCAGAUAGAUUCUACACGACACCAAACGGCACCGCACCACACCACACACCACACACCACUUAUACAGACACAUACACCAUUCGCCAACAUGUUGUGUGGGGGCUUGUUGGCCAUGUUGGGGGACCAGCACACUGCCACGAAGACUGAGAGAGGCGCCAAAGGCAACCAAAACAAAAACGAAACCAACAAAAUCCACACCAAGCAACAAAACUAGCAGCCAAUCAAUCAAUCAAUAAAUCAAAUCAAGCAGCAACUAAAGCAAGGAAGCAACCAAGCCGACGAUAAGCAAGCAAUGAAAUCGAGUAGAGAUUUACCAAAAUUUUAUGUUAACAUUAUUGUAAAGUGUUCAUUUAGUUACGGAUAUCUGUUAUACGAGAGAGAGCAGGAGAUAUGGCAUCUUGUGUGGUACAGUCAGUGCAUCUCCAGACAGAUGACCAGUCUCUCAAUCGUUCAUUUGCUUAUCCGCUAACAAAGUCCUUUUGUUCAAUUCAUCAUCUAUCUGGCCGCCACAAUAAACCAAAUUAUCCAACAAGCAGCAAUGGAAACAGCAACAGUAACAAUAAAAGAGAACUAACACCAAUCAAUAGCUUAUAGUCUAUAGUCCUUAGUUUAAGAGUCUCUGUAUAGAAAUGGUCUAACAUUUAGCAACAUUUAUAAGAACAAGUAGAGGGCAAUCGAUGAGAACUCCCAAGGCAAAACAACAACAGAACUGAAACCGAACCAAGUCUAAGCCUAAAUUUUGGUUUGUAAUUCGUAACAAAAAAAAAAAGCAAACCUGUAUCUAUACGCGAUAACUUUAGAAUUUUUGUUGGCUCUCCUAUUUUUUUGCUUAAUUGGGUAAACACUAUUCUUAAGACAUUGGAUACAACUAUAUAUGUACAUAUAUAUAUGUAGAUAUAUAUACAUUAUUUUAUUUUUUUUUGCAUAGCCUCUAAGACAUAAUCCCCCGCAAUAGCAUACUAUCCGCCGUAUGCAUUUGCUUUUUUCUAGAACGCCCUCACAGCAAAACAAAACACACACACAUUUAUACACUAUGUAUAUUAAAUAAAUUUAUACAAUUUUACAAUGUGCCCCAAUGUGAAAAAA